AUGUCGAGGCUCUUUGGCGUUUUCAAAAUGCAAUUCGUCCCGCCCACAGAUCCUCGUGGUAUCUCCUUUGCUGGCAAAACUAUUGUCUUGACGGGUGCCACUUCGGGCCUGGGUUACGAGGCCGCCAUCAAAUUACUCAAUCUCGGGGUUGAGUCCCUGAUUAUUGGAAGUCGCAGCAUAGAGCGUGGAAACCAUGCCAAAGCAGAGUUGGAAAAGUGCACGAAUCGCCCUGGAACCAUCCAAGUCUGGGAACUUGAGAUGAGUAACUUCGCCAGUGUCAAGAAUUUUGCCAAUCGCGUUAACACCGAGCUUCCGCGACUCGACGUGGCCCUGCUAAAUGCUGGUGUCUGGAAUCGUGCUUAUACCAAGUCGCCGGAGGACUGGGAAGAUACCUUACAAGUCAACACCUUAUCAACCUCACUACUGGCAAUACUACUUUUACCCAAACUGAGGGAGAGCUCGACGUCCUCCGACCCAACACAUUUGAGCAUAACCUCCAGCCAACAAUUUGUUCGUGCCAAAGCGGAGAGUUUGCGAACAGAGGGCCCCCUGCUCGAGCAUCUCAACUCCGCGACGACAGUCAAGGGGCCAAGGCAAUAUGGCAUUUCCAAGUUACUUCUAGAAUAUGUGACGAAGACAUUGGCCAAUCUCGUUCGCAAUGAUGACGGCACCGUGCCAGUGAUCAUCAACACGGUCAGUCCGGGAUUCUGCGUGUCCGACCUUGGACGACAGUAUAACCGGUUCUACGAGCGCUGGAUUGCGUGGUUGGCCUAUAAGAUCUUUGCGCGCACGACUGAACAGGGAAGUCGCUCGCUGGUUAGCGCGACGGUGCAGGGAAUCGAGUCUCAAGGGAAAUGCUGGCGUAGCGAUGGAUAUCUCGACGAAUCCACUGCUUUGACGACCGGGACUGAAGGGAAGCAAUUUCAGGUGAAGGCUUGGGAGGAAAUUCUGGAUGUGCUGCAGGAGCAGGACACCAGGGUCAAAAUCAUUACACAGAAAGAUUAA